AUGCAGGGAGUUGACUUGAGAUUGCUUAUGAAGUUGGCAGUGAAGUUAAAUUUGCGUAAGGUCCAUAUUGGCACUGAUUAUAUGGCAGUGUACAAUCUGUUCACUAGUAAGCACCCUAAGCCUAUUUGGAGUAUUAUGGUUGCAGCUUUGCAUCCUAGAGAGAUGUUUGUUCAUAUUGAUCCUAGUGAUUUCAGUUUUGAGCUUCAGAAGAUUAUGGAGGAGGAUAUGAAUUUAGUUUACUAUAGGAUGUGCACAUCACUCUUGGCGAUUCUGAUGCUAUCGAGCUUGCUGGUUUUUUUCUUUGUGUAUGAACCUGUUUCACCGCGACGAUACAUUGCCUAUGGAGUACUGGGUCUCCUAUACCUUGUAUAUGCAAUUCUUAUCUGCUCAUGGGGAGACUUCUUCUACCGAUCAUCUCGUUUAUAUUUGAUCAUGAGACUUCAAAGUUCUUUUACUGCUAAAACGGUUCUCUUUGCAGACGCUUUAGUGGGUGACAUUCUCACCUCACUAACUAAGGUUCUUAGCGGUCUUGGAUGUUCUAUUAUAGAAAUUACCAAACAUACGGUUGUUACAUCUGCCUGGGUAGACCACAAUUGUGGCUACAACCCAAUUGCUGUAAAUGUGCUGCAAAUGCUUCCACAUCUUUGGCGAAUGCACCAAUGUAUUAAGAAAAGCAUCCAAGAUACGGAUUUUCGCGAGCAAUUCUUCAAUGCUCUGAAAUAUUUGAGCACAAUCAUAAUGAUUGUGUUCAACUUGGUUUACGCUAUCCACCCUAGCAAGGGAUGGGAAGUUACAUGGAUAUGCUUCAGUGCGUUGAAUUCAGCAUAUCUCUUCUACUGGGACAUUAUUCAUGACUGGAAUAUGAUUGGCAGGACAAGAAACCCAGAAUUGUGGCCAAAUAAAAAGUUCCAACUUAUUAAAUGGGUUUUAUACAUAUGGUUUAUUCUUUUCGAUCUAGGUGCGCGAGUAGCAUGGCUAUAUCGUUUGAGCAGCAAGGCUAAUGAUGCGAGAUUUGCAUUACUGGCUGCAGUCAUAGAGUUACUAAGGCGCUCACAGUGGAUCUAUUUCAGAGUAGAGAAAGAAGAUAGAGAAAAUGCAAGUGGAACUACAUCAGUUUCUUUACUCCUUAAUGGUAGUCCUUUUAACAGUUUUGUACCAUCAAGAGGCAUUCGGCAGGGGGAUUCUUUAUCCCCUUGCCUGUUCAUACUGUUCAUACUAUCGAUGCUUGCUCUGGACUCUUAA